AUCGCAAUGACAAUUAUCGCAGAAUCAGCCUCCGCCGCCUGCCCUGUGCAAGCCGCAACCCCAGACCCUGUCUAUCAUCACUCUGAUGGGGACCUCGAGGUCCUCGUUGGCCAUACGAUCUUCAGAAUUCACAGCUUCGCCUUCGCCCGCCACAGCGCCAGUCGAAUGAAGCUUAAUAUCGCGACCAGCCCUGGUGAGCAAUCCGUCACCGAAGGACAGCUUGUGGUACUGAACGAUCUUACACCGGACGACUUCCGGGCCCUGUGCUGGGCUGUGUACCUCCAUCCGGGGGAUGCGCAGCCUGGCAUCGACGACAUCGACCGUAUGCUGCGCGUCGCCAGCAUGAGUCAUACGUACGGAAUCACGACCUUACUCAAGUGGGCCUGUCAAUACCUCACCGACACCGCCGCACGCAUCGCCGGUCUCCCAGCUGUCGAGAGGCCUGGGUGGGACCCACCCUUUCUCUCUCGCCUUCUACGUGUCUGCGUAGCGCGUGAUCUGACAGCCGCCGUGCAAGACUUCCAGGAUAUUUGGAUCGAUCGCCUCGCCGCCAAGGAUACGUCCGCCUUCCCUGAAGCCAUCGCGACCGCCGAGGACCUUCGCCUCCGCCGACUUCAAGGAUACGCCUACUACUAUCAGCUCAUUGUCGCGCACGAGCGGGAGUCCAUACCAUCCCAUCGUGCAACAUUGUACGAUAUACCCGGCCUAACGGAGGAGCAGAAGUUCCGUCUUGCAGAUGGAUACCGGUCGCUCACAAUCUUCUGCGAGGAAAUCCUCGAUAACGACAUCCGCGCCGAAGCAUCCUUGUUGGACUCGUCCGUUUGCAACGAGAAGACACACCAGACGACAUGCAUCAAGUACAUUCGUGCAAUCGUCAAUCGGGCAUUCGGGUCCCCCGACCUGCGCGUCUUCGAAGCGUUCGGCUAUAUCGACAAAGUCAUCGGGGAGUUGCGAGGGGAGUCUCACAUUCGCAAGCCUUGUAGGAUGGCAGCGAUUGAACGACUCACCGGGCUCAGGAAACGCGUUGAAGACACUAUGGCCGACCACUUCACCCCAAUCAGCGCGUUGCGUCUGGGGAUGUUGGGAGAGCUACCGAUAUUUGGGCGCGUUGCCAGAUGAGAUCUUGAAGACCUUUCAUGUAGUCCUUUGUUCCUACUCCUUGUUGAUUAACUUAGUACAUGCAGUAGGUUCACUACCACCUUCUGUGCUUGGGGCCGCUGGCUACUUCCCCAUACCUAUGUUUUUACCUUCGUACCGUGUUAUGCCAUCUAUUUAUUCAUUGAACUGUUCACGAAACCGUGGCUCUUAUCGACAUGGUUCCGUACUUACAAUAGCUUGAUGAUGCGGGGUAGCUGGCUGCUCACGUACGCGUCCCAUUCUGUAUGAUAUUUCCUCGUAUUUAUCUAUUUAUUGGUUUGUCAUAAC